AUCUUCCCUGGUAAACCCAUAGGCUGAUUUUGCUCCAUCGCCUAACUCGCACCCUGUUCACCCGCUUGGUGUGUCGGAGAUGGCGGCAUCGGCCAUUGCAACCCUUCCAAGAGUAUCAAUUUCCUCAAUCAAUCAGACAACGUCGCUUCGCACUUCGUCUUCUCUGUUCUCCGGCAGGUUUGGCGGAAACACAACGUCUGCACUUCCUAAUCGCAGUUUUUGUCCAUCCACAAUCGGACUAUCCAGUAGGGUGCAAGGGUUGCACUUAAAACUAGACCAGAACAACAUUAGUGCUGUCAUCAAUCAAGGUUAUGAUACCAUUGAAGCUGGAAAGGGCAAUCCAACCAUAAUGCCGGCAGUGCCGACACCAAGUGGCCUUUUGGAUCUGUCAACCAUACUACUUAGAAAUCGCAUUGUGUUCAUUGGGCAACCAGUAAACUCACAAGUUGCCCAAAGAGUCAUUUCACAACUUGUGACACUUGCAACAAUCGAUGAAAAUGCCGAUAUUCUGAUAUAUCUUAACUGCCCAGGUGGGAGCAUAUAUUCUGUGUUGGCAGUAUAUGACUGCAUGUCCUGGAUAAAGCCCAAGGUUGGCACAGUAUGUUUUGGAGUAGCUGCAAGUCAAGGAACAAUUCUUCUUGCUGGUGGGGAAAAGGGUAUGCGGUAUUCAAUGCCAAAUGCACGUAUUAUGAUGCAUCAACCACAUAGUGGAUGUGGGGGUCAUGUGGAAGAUGUGAAGCGCCAAGUGAAUGAAGCUGUUCAAUCUCGCCAUAAAAUUGACAAAAUGUAUGCCGCCUUUACUGGCCAACCACUUGAGAAAGUUCAACGGUACACCGAACGAGAUUGUUUUUUAUCUGCUUCAGAGGCUAUGGAGUUUGGUCUUAUUGAUGGGAUAUUAGAAACUGAAUAUUAAAUGGUAAAUAAGAAAUUAUUGAUGAGUGCCGACUUUGUAUGGAGCCGAGUCCAAACUCUACCCCCUGGCUAGCCAUGUAUUCUUCCUCUUCAAGUUUAACAUGUUACACCCAACAAACAGUUCUACAUAUCUCUUCAAAGCUCUAUGUGCCAUAAGUAGACUUGUGUGUUCAUUACUAUUGUAAACUUGAUAGUUUAUGAGAAUGGU